CACAGCCCCUUCUCAGCCUCCUCUCCCACAGCUCACACACCAGGCAAUAACUUACAGCUUUCUGUGUAUAACAUUCAUUUGUUAACGCGGUCCCUUUUAGGAAAUGUAACGAUGACGUCACGGCAGUCACGUGACCGGUCCUACAGCCAGCCAGUCUGCCAGAUGGGAACUAGCUGCUCCCUAAGACAACAAAGCACCAGUAUGUUCUGUGUAAAGGUUUAAUUAGACUGUAUAUAAGGUCUCAGUGUUACACAAUAUCGCUGACCAUGAACAAGAUGAAGAAGAAGCUGCCUGAGCGGAUCCUGAAUCACAUCCUGGAGAUUCUCUACCUGCUGACGGGAGAGGUGAGAAAACACCAUAACGUCACCACGCGUGUGACUAACUCACUGACAGCGAGUCACAUGACCGGGGACAAGAUGACGACAGAGAGAAUACUGACCCACACCCUGCAGAUCAUGUACCUGCUGACAGGGGAGGUGCCUAUAAAAUGUGAUGAUGUUGCCGUGUAUUUCUCUAUGGAGGAGUGGGAUUAUAUAGAGGGACACAAGGAGUUUUACAAGGACGUCAUGAUGAAGACUCAGCAAGUACCAAGGACUAUGGAGAUCCCAGGAAAUGAGAGCUCAGGUGACAGUGAUGGCAAUCUAGACACAGCAGCAGAUGCAGAACUUGUAUAUAACGUUCAGCCACUGGAGACCCCAUCAGACGUCUCUGAAGGUGAUGUUAAGACUGAAGUCACACUUAAUGCUAAACAGACUGAUGAUCCGUAUGUAAUAAGUCAGCUGGAAGCUGUGAAGGAGGAAACCAUUGACCAUAUCAGUACAGGUGAUGUUAAGACUGAAGUCACACUUAAUGAUAAACAGACUAAUGAUCUGUAUGUAAUAAGUCAGCUGGAAGCUGUGAAGCAGGAAACCAGUGACCAUAUCAGUACAGGCCGUGUGGAUGUGACGCUAUCCGAUGACUCAGCAGUAGAGCACGUAGGAGAACCGUAUGCGUGUGAUCGCGUAGAUUUAGAGGAGGAUGAAGUUCCUAUAAAUACGGUUACAGGUGAAUUCACAAUCUGCAAUAAUCCUAGUCGCGAUCAGAGUACUGAUACUUCUUUCACUCUUCUUCAAAAUCAAAGAAGCCAUGAAGAAAAUGUAUGUCUUGAAUGCGGGAAAUGUUUUACUACGAAAUCAACUCUUGUUGGCCAUCUGAAAAUUCACACAGGAGAGAAAGCAUUUUCUUGUUCUCAGUGUGGGAAAUGUUUUACUUUAAAAUCAUCUCUUAAUAGGCAUCAGAAAGUUCAUUCAGGGGAAAAAGAAUUUUCAUGUUCUGAAUGUGGAAAAUGUUUUGCUCUGAAAUCAUCACUUAUUAGACAUCAGAUCGUUCAUACAGGGGAAAAAGGAUUUUCGUGUUCUGAAUGUGGAAAAUGUUUUAACAGGAAAUCAUACCUUAUUGACCAUUUUAAAAUUCAUAGAGGAGAGAAAGCAUUUUUAUGUUCUGAAUGUGAGAAAUGUUUCAUUUUAAGAUCAGAUCUUAUUAGGCAUCAAAAAAUUCAUACAGGGGAGAAAAAAUUUUCAUGUUCUGACUGUGGUAAAUGGUUUACCACAAAAUCAUAUCUUAUUGAACACCUGAAAAUUCACAAAGGAGAUAAAUCAUUUUCAUGUUCUGACUGUGGGAAAUGUUUUACUCUGAAAUCAUAUCUUAUUGUUCAUCAGAAAAUUCAUACAGGGGAGAAAGCAUUUUCAUGCUCUGAUUGUGGGAAAUGUUUUAACCGUAAGUCAAAUCUUAUUGUUCAUCAGAAAACUCAUGCAGGGGAGAGAGCAUUUUCAUGUUCUGAAUGUGGGAAAUGUUUUACUCAGAAAUCAAAUCUUAAUACUCAUCAGAAAAUUCAUACUAAAAGAAAUCUGGGAAAUCAGAGGUUAACCUCUUAAGUACAGAAGGUGACACGUAGUUGUCAUCCGUACAAUACCUAAAGUGGUGAUGAUUGCUGCAUGUCGUCCUCUAGGGAUGUUCUUUGAGGCUCAUUCUGCACCUCAAGUGAUUACAAGGUGGAUCAGUGUGUUUGUCAUCCCUAGGGGGGAUCCAGGGUCCCUAUAUAGGUCUGAAUAGUCAAAGGAUCACCUGGCAUAUAAAAAUGUGUAUUUCUUUGAGUAUAGGUUCAUGGAAGCCUCCAAGUGCAGAUCAAAAUGAUAUACAUAUACCCAAAGGUCCUUAUUUAUAUGUUGAUAAACCCUUAUUGCAAUUUAGUCACUGUUGAGGGCAUUAUAGUCAGGUGAUCACUGAGGUGCCAUUGUUUCCCUAGCUGGAAUUCUAUACCAGGUGUAUAGAUGUACAAGGUGAGCCCCUACGUUAACAUUAAAUGUUUAAAAGGCAUCCAAAAGCACUUGUCUGGAUUAGGAUAGCCUCCCUGGCUGCAUGAAAUGCAUUUUGCUGAUAUAUAUAUAUAUAUAUAUAUAUAUAUAUAUAUAUAUAUAUAUAUAUAUAAAAACACUGAAUUUUUCUCUGUUAGUGCUAUGUUAUAUAAUACAAUUAUAGGUCUACUAAAGCUUAUGUGGGUUUCUCACUGAAAAAUUACUUCCAGCAGCAUCUAAACGAUCAGAAAUGGCUCAGUGCACGGGUGUGAAAUGGUUACAGCAGCUAAGGGGUUAGCUGGACAUUAAACAUUUUUAGAUUGUUCUGUAAAAUAUUUUAAUUUUCUGUAAUAAAACUACUUUGCAAUAUU